AUGCCCGCUGCGACGCAGGACGCCCACCCAGACCAGCGAUGUCAAGGUCGGCCCCGGCCCGGCGGACUACAUGCACACAAUCACCGGCCCCCCCUCCCCACCCCGACCGCCCCCCCCCUGGUGGCCAUCCCCGGGUACGCUGCGGGGUCUGGGCAUGCCUUCCGCAUCGUGGACGGGCUGGCCUCCGCCUUCCACUUCCACGCCGUGGACCUGCUGGGCACGGGGCUGUCCGGGCGGCCGCGCUUCCCGGCCCGCUCCACGGAGGAGGCGGUGGCCUUCUUCGUGGAGUCGUUGGAGGCGUGGCGCGCCGCGGCGGGGCUGGACCGCAUGCUGCUCAUGGGGCACAGCAUGGGCGGGUACCUGUCCACCUGCUACGCCGCGCGGUACCCAGAGCGCGUGCAGCACCUGCUGCUGGUGUCGCCUGUGGGCGUGGGGCGCCAGCCCCCGGACUGGCGCCCGCCCGCUGCGCUAGCGGGGCGCUGGACGCUGCGCGGGCAGCUGGCGCGCGCCGCCAUCGCGGCCUGGGACCACGAUCUGACCCCGGGCAGGGUCAUCCGCGGGCUGGGGCCCUUUGGCCCUGGCCUGGUGGCACGCUACGCGCGCGGCCGCUUCCAGCAGGGCCUGGCCUUCAACGACGACGAGGUGGCGCGCUUCGAAUCGUACUUCUACCACAUCCUGGCGGCGCGCGGGUCGGGUGAGUUCGCGCUGCGCCACAUCCUGGCUCCCUACGCCUGGCCACGCUCGGCGCUGGAGGAGCGCUGCGCCGACCUCAGCGUGCCCGUCACUUUCUUCUACGGUGACAAGGACUGGAUGGACCCGGCGGGCGCCAAGCGCAUGGUGGCAGCCCUGGCGCAGCAGCGCAGCCCCGCCUGUGAGUCCGAUCUGCAGAUCCUGACCACCCCCAGCGCGGGGCACUACCUCUUCAUCGACAACCCCAGCGAGUUCAUGCGCCAGGUGGCGUACGCCACAUCGGCGUACCUGUCCCCAGAGGGCAGGGGCGCGCUGCUGGCGGCGGCGGACGCGGGUCCGCACGCCGCUGCAGAGCCCUUCCACCCCCCUGAUGAGCUGGAGGAGCAGGUGGAAAGGAAGGCGCCUGGUGAGGGCCAGGCCGUGGGUGUGGGGCCCAAGGACGCUGCUGUCAGGGAGGGCAAGAGCGUCGCAGCAGAGGGCAGCGGCUAG